AUGAGACCACGGAUUUUACCUGUCUUAACCCUUGGACUCCUCGCCUCACCUAUUUCCGGUAUAUCCAACACUCACUCGGAUAACCAGAGACCGCUCGUCCUCCCAGCACCACUUUUGACAAAUUCGGAGAGCGCAUUAGAUCGGUAUGACGGAGAACAAGUCUGGAGAGUGAACUGGGAAGAUGUUGAGGAUAGAGACAAAAGAGAGUUUAUGAGUCGACUCGAGUCAUUGAACCUGGAUAUCUGGCAAACUACAUCUUCCACUUUAGACCUUCGUCUCCCCUCCUCUCAUCUGGAUCACCUACAUUCUCUCCUCCCACCCUCUGCAUCGGCUCAAAUACAUAUUUUGAACCUUCAACAGUUGGUCGAUGCCACUCGUCCUGAUUCUGCUAAGCCCGAUAAAGAUUGGAAUCUGGACUCUUUGAAUUCGACCUUUCAUUCCGCAUAUCACAAGCUCACAGAGCUAGAGACGUUCGGAAUGAAGCUGGUGGAAAGAUUCGAAUUUUUGGAUAAGAUUGAGAUUGGGAAAAGUUGGGAAAGGAGGAGUAUCUGGGGAUAUAGGGUGAGGAAGGAUACAUCAGACUCCAAAAGCUCGGACGAGGGGGGUGGUGGGGGAGAGAAGCAGGAAGAGGAAGAGGAUAAAGUGGAGAUUGUCAUACAGUCUGGUCAACAUGCUCGAGAGUGGAUAGGUCCAUCAGUGGCUCUUUAUUUCCUCCACUCUCUCGCCAUCGGUUCAGAGGAUCCAGAAUCCGUUGUAACCCAAUUAUUAGAAAGCUUCACUUUCACAGUGGUACCCACUAUCAACCCCGAUGGGUAUGUGUGGAGUCAUGAGACAAGUAGAAUGUGGAAGAAGAAUAGACAAGAUGUGGGAGGUAAGAGGAAUUGUAAAGGCAUCGACCUCAAUUCCAAUUGGGGAUAUCAUUGGCGUCCCCCUCACUCCCCUAACCCAUGUUCCGAGACAUUUCCGGGUAAUCACGCAUUCGAAGCUCCUGAGCCAGCUGCCAUGGCUCGAUACAUUUCCAACGGGUCUUCAGAUGGGUUAAGUGGCGGAGAGGCUGUAAGGUCUUUUGUGGAUUUACAUUCUUAUGGUCAACUUUUCAUGUUCCCUUUCGCAUACUCUUGUUCUACCUUCCCACCAGACGCAGAAAUGCUCAUGGAGGCCGCUUUGGGAGUAUCAAAAGCCAUGCGUACGACUUCUGGAGAAAAAUAUCAAGCUGGUCAAGCAUGUUCCAUGACUUUUCGCGCUCCUGGAGAUUCAAUCGAUUAUGUGUACGGAGUGACAGAUGUUAGAUGGACCUAUUCUGCCGAAUUGAGAGAUACAGGUACAUAUGGCUUUAUGCUCCCUCCCGACCUCAUCCGACCUACAGCCGAAGAACUCACUUCAGGUCUGAUAUUCUUAGCCAAGUUCAUAUACAAAAGUGAGAUUGAACGAUAA